AUGAUUGAAAAUGGGUUCAUGGAAAAUCCCCAAUUUCGGAACGAUGGAAAAGGCGACUUUUCAACUUUAGAAAGCGUAUUCAAUAACACUGAAACACAUUUGGAAGCUGUAGUGUGAUGCUCUUAUAAUACAAGGAGUUGCCGAGUCAAUGAAUCUUAUAAUUCACUUUGUUGAAUCUCAUCAUAACUUUGCUGAACAAACUAUUAUACAUCCCUUAAAUUGCCUCAGAGGUGCAAGAAUCAUUUUCAUAGGACAUAUUGACGAAUAUCAUUAUGUCUCAACUAUUCAAGCCUCUGGCCAAUUGAAUUCAUCACGAAAUUGUCACAGUCAUUUUAAUAAUACACAAACAGUUGGAAACACUGCUUAUAUAUGACUGUAUACCAGUAGAGAAAAGUAACAAAACAGGUAAUGUGCCUUCUAAGAAGUCAAAAACCUGUGCUAUCGACAAGGAGGAAAACUGCACAACUUAUAUGCGACAAUAUAUGAGAAAGAGAAGAGCUAAUGAAAGUAAUGAUGAUAGAGCAAAAAGACUUAAAGUACAAAGAGAUGCUUGUAAGGAGACAAAAGCCAUGUUAGGACAUGCUAUCUCUGUUUCACAGUCUUGUAUCUAAAGGUCUAAUAUAUACAUGUAGCUGUUGUGACCAAUUAUGGUAUAGGCAUAGUGUCAUUUUGGCUGAAACAUUUAAGUCAUCUAAUAAUAACCUUGGAAAAUAUACUCUGGAUAAAAAAAGUUUUGAUGAUCUGGAGUGGUUGUGCAAUUCAUGUCACAAGUACUUAAAGAAGAAUAAAGUUUCACCUCAAGCUGCUAUAAAUGGAUUGCAGUUUCCUAAGAAACCAGAGUUUAUUGACUUAAAUGAGUUGGAAUGUAGACUGGUUGCACCAGGACUAGCUUUUCAAAGACUAUUACAAGCUUCAAGAGGUAAACAGUUAAAAAUAAGUGGCAAUUUUGUUAAUGUCCCUGCAGAUAUAACUGAUACUGUUCACAUUUUACCAAGAGUUGAAAGUGCAAGUGAAACUGUUAAAGUUUAGUUAAAGAGAAAGUUAAAAUAUAAAAGUUCAGCUUUGUCUUUGAAUGUCAGACCACAUAGGGUUUUUCAAGCAGCUAAGUGGCUUUCACUCAACAGUUCUCUUUAUAAAGAGGAAGGUAUAACCUUCAAUGAGAAGUGGAAACUAAAUGAUAGUAUUGAGGACUUUCAAGAGUGCUUGGGAAAAGAUAACAUUUUAGGUAAUUCUCAAAGCAUCAGCAUUUUCCUCACCUAUUAAAUUACAAAAACCUAUUGUAAUCAGCAGCUAUCUUUUUUAUAUAUAUAAAUUAGCCUACAAGAAUGUUUUUCAUUAAAUCUGUCUGAUGAGUGCAUAAGCAUGAAACUCAGAGUAACAGAGAAUCAUGCAUGUUUCAUUUUAGUUAUUUUGAACUGUAAUCACCUAAUUAUGAGCUAGACUGAUUAUGAUAAAAGCAUGUUAUCCUCCUGGCACUCAUUUGAAGAGUAUGAUCUAUGUAAAAAUGGCCAUGUUCAGAACCUUGGAGUAAAUGGUUCAAAGGGCCUUGAUGGCAGUAUUUUUUUUUCUGUUUUUUAGCUGGAGUUAUACCAACUCGGAAAGAAAAAACUCAAGAGGGUGAUAAACUUUACAGGCUCUGGUUUAUUGUGGACUUAACUAGGUCUGUGUAUUCUGCAUUCUGUGGGUGCCAGGGUGGAGCUGAUCAAGGAUGCAGA